UCAAAAGGGGGCAGGCGUUGGACAAGUCUGUGUACUCCCAUUCAUGUUGAGUGUAUAGCAGUCUCCGCCGACAGCCAGGCCGUGUCACAUCCUGGUCAAAACAGAAAGCUCUGCUCUCUCUGACUGAUAGAAAGGGUCGUGACCCUGCACAGUAGUAGCCACCAUGGCAGAAGCUCACCAGGCGGUGGCCUUCCAGUUCACCGUCACCCCAGAUGGCAUUGACCUACAGCUGUGCCACGAGGCUCUACGCCAGAUCUACCUCUCUGGCCUCCACUCCUGGAAGAAAAGGUUCAUUCGCUUCAAGAAUGGGGUCAUGACUGGCGUGUACCCGGGCAGCCCUGCUGGGUUCAUGGUUGUGGUUGUGUCCUACAUGUCCUACAAUAAAUACAACCAGCUGGAUCCCUCUCUGGGGUUGAUCGCCAAGCUGGGUCAACACAUACCCAUCAGUCGGUACAUGUCUACAGACAGCCAGAGGAUAGUUGGAGGAGUUCUGGUGGGCACGGGCCUGUGGGUCACCAUAAUCAUGAUUAUGAGGAAUGUCCUAAAGUGCCUGUUGUCGUGGCACGGCUGGAUGCACGCUCGCCACGGCUCUGUGUCCUGGUCUACUCGUCUGUGGAUGGUAUUAGUGAAGGUGUUCUCUGGCAGGAAGCCAAUGCUCUACAGUUUCCAGAACUCCCUGCCACGACUACCUCUUCCCACUAUCAAGGACACCUGCCAAAGGUAUCUGGAGUCAGUGCGCCCACUGAUGGAUGAUGAGCAGUAUGAACGGAUGACCGGUUUGACUAAAGACUUUGAGAAGAACCUGGGACCCAGACUGCAGUGGUACCUCAAACUCAAGUCCUGGUGGGCCUCCAACUAUGUCAGUGACUGGUGGGAAGAGUACAUUUACCUCAGAGGCCGUGGGCCCAUCAUGGUCAACAGCAACUAUUAUGCCAUGGAUUUCCUGUAUGUGUUUCCCACCUCGAUCCAGGCAGCCAGGGCAGGUAAUGCCAUCCAUGCUAUCAUGCUCUACAGGAGAAAACUGGACAGAGCUCAGAUCAAACCAAUAUACUUGUUGGCGAACAAGGUUCCUCUGUGUUCGGCUCAGUGGGAGCGGAUGUUUAACACCACUCGCGUCCCUGGUUUGGAGACAGACACCAUUCAGCACAUGAACGAGAGCAAACACAUAGCUGUGUACCAUAAGGGCCGUUUCUACAAGGUGUGGAUGUUUUAUGAUGGACGGCUGCUGUUGCCACGGGAGAUAGAGCAGCAGAUGGAAAGGAUCUUGGCCGACAAGUCGGAGCCAUUGCCAGGAGAGGAGAAACUAGCCGCACUAACUGCAGGGGAGAGGACUCCAUGGGCCAAAGCUCGUGAAGCCUUCUUCAGCCGUGGUAGGAACAAGCAAUCUCUGGACGCCAUUGAGAAGGCAGCCUUCUUUGUAACCCUCGAUGACACCGAGCAGCGCUAUGAUGCAGCCAACCCAGUCAAGUCUCUGGACAGUUAUGCGAAGUCCCUGCUCCACGGAAAGUGCUACGACAGGUGGUUUGAUAAAUCCUUUAACCUGAUCGUGUUCAAGAAUGGCACCAUGGGACUGAACGCAGAGCAUUCCUGGGCUGACGCUCCAAUCAUUGGCCAUCUCUGGGAGCAUGUUCUUUCUAUGGACCCUGUAAAGUUGGGAUACACUGAGGAGGGUCACUGCCGUGGGGAGCCCCACCCCAACCUGCCAGGACCUCAGAGGCUGUCGUGGGACCUCUCAACUGAGUGCCAGGAGGUCAUCGAGAGCUCUCUUUCAGUAGCCAAGCCUCUGGCCGAUGAUGUGGACUCUCAUAUUUUCCCCUUCAAUGACUUUGGCAAAGGCCUGAUCAAGAAGUGCCGCACCAGUCCUGAUGCCUUCAUCCAGAUCGCCCUACAGCUGGCCCAUUACAGGGACAAAGGGAAGUUCUGCCUGACCUACGAAGCCUCUAUGACGCGUUUGUUCCGUGAGGGCCGAACAGAAACUGUGCGUUCCUGCACCAUGGAGACUUGUGCCUUUGUCCGUGCCAUGAUCAGAGAUGAGACAAGAGAAGAGCGUCUCAUGUUGCUCAAACAGGCGGCAGAGAAGCACCAGAACAUGUACCGCCUGGCGAUGACAGGACAGGGCAUCGAUCGCCACCUUUUCUGUCUCUAUGUGGUCUCUAAAUACCUGGGAGAGGACUCACCCUUCCUCAAGGAGGUCCUGUCUGAGCCAUGGAGGCUGUCCACCAGUCAGACGCCACUGCAGCAGCUUGAGCUGUUCGAUCUGGUCAAACACCCUGAGUAUGUGUCCUCCGGCGGCGGAUUUGGUCCAGUGGCUGAUGAUGGUUAUGGUGUCUCCUACAUCAUUGUUGGUGAGAACCUCAUCAACUUCCACAUCUCCAGCAAACACUCGAGCUCAGAAACUGACUCCCACCGUUUUGGCACCAACAUCAGACAGGCUAUGCUUGACAUACUGGAUCUCUUCCAGCUUGACAAGAAAACCAAGUGAUCGCCCUCUCUAUGAGUGGAAUAAGCAUAUGGUUUUAGCAACAGAUGUAUUCUUCCUGAAGCUUGUACAGAAUCAAAUAUUGGAUUUUUGGGUUAUUUUUAAGUUAAUUGAUGUUACAGAUAUAAGGAUGAUUAUGUGUCAAUAUGUUUGUGAGGCGUUUAUGUGCACUGUAUGUAUGGGCAAGGUGAGAUUCCGGUGUUUUUGGGUACAGGUAGUGCACAGAACAAAGUCUUUAUCCACAGGACUGUUUGCACGGGUGCCUUAGUGAGAGGGCAGAAAGGGAGGGAGAAAUUAGAGCACUAGUCUGAUAUCAAGUCUGUAUUUCUACAAGAGACUUUUCAGCUAAAGGAUUGUUCAGUAGCAUCAUCCAGUAUGAAUUUUAAGUUGAGAGAUGGUGCAAUAUUUUUUAAUAGUUUUGUCCCAGUUAUUUUAGUCUUUUAGGUUUCUUCUGGUCUUUCCAACUGCAGCACCUGAGUUGUGUGUAACUGGCCAAAAGCAACAACGUGAUGCUAAAUAUCAUCAACAAAUUGCUUGUUGCAUGAUGUUCAUUAAUUUCAUAUGGCUUUGAACAGUUGUAUCCUGUAAUCUUACAUCUACGGAAGCCAGAAGGAGUCAAGCUGUUGAUCUAUAAUCACACAAAUCACAAACAUUCAGCCCUGUAUCAAUGCAAUCCUGGAUCCCAACACAAGACAGGGAGCGUUUCAAUCAACGGAUCAACAUUGCCUUUCUGACUCAAGUGCACAGCCGCUGUGUUUGUCCUUCUCAGCUGCUACCGUGAAACAACAUAGCGAUGAAGGCAGAUCAUUGUUGUGUGUGCGUGUUGGUCAUUUUCAUACUCAGGUUUUUUUUUGGUUUUUUUUUUAACUUGACCUAGUUUAGGGUGCUGGCGACAACAUUGAAAGAUUAACACCCACGUUGCCGCGUACCUGAGCAACAGUAGAAGAAAGUGAGAUGCAGUAUGAUGCCAUGUGACCCCGGUGAGCUAAUGGGGAGUUAAAUGUUGAGUUUGCGGUGAAGUGAGGGAUAUGCAGGACGGGGUGUGUGUCUGGGGAGACCAACUGACACACUGCGUGGCCGACAGUGACUUCUUCUUGUCUCUCGUGUUAACUGUGCACUCCAUGACUGGUCCUUCAAACUACCCAAUUCCUAACUACCUUGGUAGCCUUUUGUCAGAUCAAGAUGAAUUGUUGACUUUUAUCAAGUUGUCAGUUACAGCGUUAGUGGUAUUGCCGCUGUCGAUAUAAGGUGCAGAAUCACUUAAUAGGUUGUGACGUCUCUGCAGUGCAGUAGGAAAUCUUUUUUUUUUUUCUCUCAGCCUAACACUUAGGAAGUGCAGAUAUACAGUAGAGGGCCCGUCGCUAUCAUAGGAAUGCAUUUCUGUUUUUAUUAUUAUGUAUAUUUUCUCAGUUCAUCAUAUUAUUUAUUUUUCUUCCAUGUUUUAACCUCGCUAUUCUCAAAACAAACAUGCAUAUUUACCAGCUGAAUGCGCAGAUGAUGAGCACUAAGUUAAAGCUUUACUGAUUUAAAAAAAGUGCAACAGACAAAAUGCUUCCUUUUUUUUUUUGGACAUGUCAGUUUUGUUAUCGCAUCUUUUGCCAGUAUGUUCUAGUUGUAUGACUUUUAUUUCAAUAGACUUUAUGUUUACACUGCUGCAUGGUUUUUGAAGAUGAAGCUGUAUAUGUUUGCCUUUUAAUUUAAAGAUGGUGUAAAAAAAAACAACAACAAAAAAACCCCAAUCAGCUGAUAUACCAAAAUGAGAUUUAACAAUAAAGUGAAUGUCAGACAGCUGUA